GUGUUCUUUAUCAUUUUAAUCUUUACUAUUUAUUGUAUCUUUUACAUAUAGAUUGUUAUCGUUAUAAUAGUCUACAUGCUAUCUUUCCAUCUCCCAGAAUUAUCGGCGAGUAGUUCACCGCUUGUUGUCGCGCUUUACGGUCACUUAGAAGCAACCAUUCAUUUAGUACAAGUCAUUGUCAAAUUAGAAUGGACAAUUUUCAGUAGACUGCUAGCAGGGCUAAUUUUGAUCACAGGCACCUAUCUCGUUUAUGUCAUGAUCACUUUGCGACAUGGUCAUCACCCAUUGUUGAUUUGGGAAAAGCUCGGUAAACCAGUUGUGAAAAUAUUUCGACCUUGGACUUUUGCCUACUUGUUGAAUUAUAGUGACCCAUAUGCUCGCUCAAUUGAUAUGCGCGUGUCAACAUUUUCGCGGGGAUUUUGUACAGCCAUUAUGAGAGACCACCAUAACACCCGUAACAUACAGAAAGGUAUCCAUCCUACAGCGUUAGCAACAUUUGCAGAAACGACAGGCGGCUUAGCUUUGAUGAGCAAUCUGAAGAAGAAAGAUAGGGCCAUUUUGAAGUCGAUUACAAUGGAAUAUAAGAAAAAAGCGCGUGGUUUGUUGACAGCCACUUCAGACUAUACCCUACCAAAUGAUUUAGAAGAAGGAAGGCAUGAACUGAAAACUGAGGUGGUCAUUAAAGAUAGAAUGCUAGAUACAGUGGCGAUUGGUUAUUUAGUUUGGUGUGUAGAAACAAAAGACGUUUAAAAUAUACAGGGAGCUCCUAUGAUACCUAUAAAUUGAAAAGAUCAAACCAUAAGAAGCAGAUUUGCUUCGCUUGUAUUCUAGAAUGUUUAAAAGACGCUUUAUUGUACAUAUACGCUCGUUUUUUAUUGGCCAUUUAACCGUAGCACACAAUGGCCGAAUAAAAUGACCUUUGCCUU